AUGGCGAGUCCCCAUCCCAUGGAGAAGGCUGAGGGGGGAUGCGGUCUGAGCACCAGCGGAGAGCAAAUGUUACUGGCUGGCAGAGGAGGAUCCGGCAUUUGUGACAACAUCGGCCAGGAGGAUGAUCUGACCGUGGAUGUGGAUGGAGAAGAACAACAACAACAAAGUAGAGUGUUGACGAGCUUGGUAUUAUUUUCUGCCCGUGGAUACUGA